CUAUUACCACACACAGCAGUAAGGGCCUAUAUAAGCAUUAUAGCUGUGAUCAUUAGACACAGAAGACCUCAGAUUUUCUCUUUUUAGCAGAGAUCAUCUGAUAACACUAUGAGAUACAUCCUACUCUGCGCUGCACUGUUCCUGCCUGAAAGUCUUGCUGUCCCAGUUCAGUUUAAGCCAAAGCCACAGAGCUCCGGAGACCUGAAGCGUAUACAGAAUUACCUUGACAGGUUCUUUCCAUCCAUUAAUAAAGCAGAUGACCGUACCUUAGAAGAGAAAAUUAAAGAGAUGCAGAAAUUUUUCCACCUGACUGUAACAGGAAAUUUUAAUUCAGAAACAGAGGAAAUGAUGGAUCAGCCAAGGUGUGGCAUCCCCGAUGUAUUAGAUUACAGAACAUUUCCAGGAAAUCCAAGAUGGAGGAAGAAUUUGUUGACUUAUAGGAUCCUUAACUAUACACCUGAUCUGCCUCGUUUUAUGGUGGAGGAAGCAAUCGAAAAGGCUUUUAAGGUGUGGAGUGACGUGACUCCACUGAAGUUUCAAAAAGUUGCCAGGAGAGAAGCAGAUAUCCUGAUUCGUUUUGCGCAUGGUGAACAUGGCGACUCAGCCCCCUUUGAUGGAAGAGGGGGAAUACUGGCCCAUGCCUUUGCACCUGGCUCAGGGUUAGGAGGAGAUGCUCACUUUGAUGAGGGUGAGAAGUGGUCAGAAGAUCAUAUAGGAACAAAUUUGUUUCUUGUUGCUGCACAUGAAUUUGGUCAUUCUCUGGGACUUGGUCAUUCAAAUGUUGAAGGUGCUCUGAUGUACCCUAUCUAUCGCUACUGGGACCCAGACACCUUCAGCCUUCCAGCUGAUGACAGACAAGGAAUUCAGAAAUUAUACGGCCGCAAAAGUGAAAACUUCUAAAGAACCAUGGUGUGUUUAAAAAGAAUGAAGAAUUCACACCAUAAAUGUUUCCUUUUAUUUCUUCAGUGAAUUAAAAUUGCAAAUGUUUGAAGAGCAAUUUCUACUCCUAUACUGAGAUUUGAAAACCUCUUUAAAUUUAUUCAGUAGUUUCUGUGAAAAUAAAAAUUCUCCCAGCA